UCCGUGACAGAGGAAAAGUGGCAUCUCAGGCUCUGACCAAAUUCCUACUCACCACCACCAUCCGCCUCUUCUUUCCGGCACAAUUUCUUCCUCCUUGCACUUGCAGUAUUGCUUUAAUUUUAUUUUAUCACGCACGGCACCGAAAGAAAACUAAAUCCCACUCCUCCGCUUUCCCCUUUCUCGUUCCUUCCCUCUGAGGAGCUCCCAAUUGUCCCGUCCUCCUCUUUCCCCCACCUCCAUUGCCACUUACCAGUCCGUGCGAUUGUCCAGACAGAGGACGGUGAUGGGUUCUUGGGAGUGAGGAUCCUGAUGAGGCUCCGGCCGUCAACGCCUGCUCCCUCUUUUCCUUGUCUUGGCAUAUUCUUCUCUCCAGGUUGUCUAGAUCCUUCUUCCUCCAAUCCUGCUUAGCUUCCAAGCUGACCACCAACUGCAAGAUUGCCGACCAGCGAGCAUUUCGGAGUAUCGAGACCUUUCUGAUUUGAGUACUCGCCAGAAAUUUUGGGAGGUGAAGGGGUUAUUUUGUGAUUCGUGAGAGCGGCAGUUGGAGAGCAGAAGGGGCGAUUUCUUGAGAGUGCUUUCUUGUCUUGCGGGCAAAUUGAAGGCAGUUUAGUUGGAUUAGGUAGGAACGAAGAAAAGAACAUCUGGAAGAAUCUAUCAUGUGCUGCUGUCUACGCCCUGGAAUUUUGAUCCGAAUUGUGCUCAGUUUCAUGCAACUUUGAUUGAGGAAAGAAAACCCCCAAUUUGGGAUUUUCAGCUGGUGCUGCAAUCUGCAUUGUUCAAGGUUGUUCGGCGGGGUGUUCGUGUGUGUUGGUGGGUGCUAGUCGGCCAGAUGGGUUGCAGGCAUUCCAAAGUGAAGGACGAGGAAGCCGUGAGGCGAUGUAGGGAUCGGAAGAAGCUCAUGAAGCAGCUCGUGAGCCGCCGUGUUGACCUUGCGGCUGCACACAUUACGUACCUACAGGCACUCCGCAACACAGGAGCUACUCUCCGACAAUUCGCGGAGGUGGAGUCUGCAUUGUCACAGCAGUCCCCUGAAAGCCUUUCAGUCCCUGUCUCGCCAACUCUAACCCCACCGCCGCCACCUCCACCAGGCCCACCACAGCCUGCUGCUUACUCGAUGACAUCCUCAAUGCCACCACACUCAGUGACAUCCUCAAUGCCGCCAUCACCACUCGCUGUGCCAUUUCUACCUUUUAGUCCUAUAAGGAUAAGAAAGAGGGAGAAGAGAGACGGUGAGCUCCAUGGGGAUGAUUCUACAGAUGAUGACGAUGACACUGACAGCUGUUCAACCCCUCUGCCCCCACCCCCGCCACCCGGUAUGGAAUGGGAGCACAUUGACCCAAUCACCAUGCGUCCCUUGAAUUUUCCGUCCCCGUUCACUGGUGGGAACGAUAAAGAUGUGGCCUCACAGGUUACUAUGGAUGAUGAUUGGGUUGAAACAAACACAGAAUCUGAUGGUUGUGAGGGUGAAAGCAUCUCUGGCAAUUUUGAUGGCAUUGUGAGGCGUGCGGAGUUGCAUUCAGCAAAGAGUAGGGCUCUCGGUGAUGAAAAUUCAUCAGUGGUGAGCUGGGUGACAAAGGACUUGGACUCGUCGGCAGUGGCCUGGAGGAGUGAGAAGUCACUCGUAGAAAUCGCUAAGGAGAUUGAUGAGUACUUCUUGAAAGCAGCGGCAAGCGGGAGCGAUGUCGUUAUACUUUUGGACUCUGCUAGUGGGCGGCUAGAUCUAUCAGAGUUAGAGGCAAAGAAAGGUGCAGGAAAAAAUUCCAAGUCUGCCAAGGUUUUCUCCACACUUUCUUGGAGCUGGUCAUUCAAAUCUGUGCAGGUUAACAGAGAAUCCUCAGACGGUGCUUGUGGAUAUGGUUACCAUGGGAAAACACUAGACAAGCUUUAUGACGAGGAGCAAAGACUCUACAAGUUAGUUAAGGAUGAAGAAUUUGCAAGGCUUCAAUACAGAAAGUACAAUUCGUUGCUACAGAGGCUAGAAUCAGGGGAGCACGAUAAGUUGCAUGCAGAGAAAGUUCGAGAUAAUAUCGAGUUACUGCAAACCCAGAUAAUCUCUUUAGAGGAAGCUGCAAGCUCGACAUGUUUGACCAUAUCAAAGAUCAGAGAUGAGGAGCUAUACCCUCAGGUCAUUGAAUUAUGUGCAGGGCUUGUACAUAUGUGGAGAAACAUGCACGAGUGUCAUCAGGUUCAGAACCAUAUUGCCCAGCAAGCCAGUCUCCUUGGCAACCGACCUGGGAGUGAGCCGACAACUGACUCCCAUUGUUAUGCAACAUCCCAGUUGGAAAUGGAAGUCUCUGCAUGGCACAGUUCCUUCUGCAACCUGAUCACCUUGCAGCGUGAGUACGUAACCAUCCUUAACCAAUGGAUAAGACUCACUGACUGCCUCCCUGAUAAUGACGGCUUCAUGAGAAGUUCAUCUGGAAUAUGUAGCCUCUGUGGGGAACUCCAGCAUGCUCUUGAGAAGAUACCUGAGAAGGAACCUGCAGAAGCAAUAAAGACUUUUCUGUCAGUCAUACACUCCAUAGUUACACAACAAGCUGAGGAGCGUCAGCUAAAGAAAAAGUCAGACAACAUCGAGAGCAAGUUCCACACCCAGUUAGAGAAACACAGUGAAAACGCAAUGCAAACCUCAGGCCAGCCUACAAACGCCAGGAACCACUCAGUGUCGAAGGACGACCCGAAGCUGGAAGCGUUCAGAAAGCGAGUCGAGGAGGAGAAAGCCAGGUACCGGAACUCCUUGAGGACCAGUCGAGCCAUGACGCUGAACAACCUUCAGACGAGCCUCCCGAACGUGUUCCACGCCUUGAUGGGGUUCUCGGGAGUCUGCGUUCAGGCGUUCGAAGGCAUCAGCCGAUGCAGUGAAGCUGUUGCUAGCCACUCGGGGGCGGCUUCACCUGCCGUCUCCUCCUGUGAUCACCCGCUGUAAGUAGGCGAAAGUAUAAACCUUUCCAUCGUGAAUAUGCUUCUCCUCUCCAAAAACUUUGUGAAAAAAAGAUUAGCCAUGAUUUAAAGUUAAUACAGGCGCAUAGACCAGUCUUCAGUUUGAGAAGAGGUUAAUGGUAGAAAUAUGAAGUAUCACAAGUAGUUUUUUUUUCUUCUGUAUCAUGGUAAGGGUUUCAUGUAUGGGAAGCACUAAUCCUGUGCUUUGUUGAUGUAGAAGUUUAAUUGUUCUUGCUCAGAUUCAGUCGCUCUGCUUCAAAAUGAUCUGUCAGACAGUUUAGCUUUGACCAUGUAUCAGUAUCUAGAUUUGUCACAUGGUAGCCACAUGAAAUGGGUGUCUGGUAGAUGUACUUUCACCCCCAUGAUAUAUAUGCGAAAGUCGCUCCUUGUAUAUUUUAUUUUAACUGUAACUGUCAACUCAGAACCGACAUUUUGAAUUCAAAGUAAAGUGAGUGGGUGAAUUA